UGGAAUAUUUUUUUAUAACAAAUAAUACAUUGUGGAAAUAGUGUUGAAUAGAGCAGUGUUUUUCAACCUUUUUUGAGCCGAGGCACAUUUUUGUCAUUGAAAAAAUCUGGAGGCACACCGCCAGCAGAAAUCAUUUAAAAAACUAAACUCAGUUGACAGUAAAAAAGUCGUCGUCGCAAUUGUUGGAUAUGACCUUAAACCAUAACCAAACAUGCAUCACUAUAGCUCUUGUCUCAAAGUAGGUGUACUGUCACCACCUGUCACAUCACGCCGUGACUUAUUUUGAGUUUUUUGCUGUUUUCCUGUGUGUAGUGUUUCAGUUCUUGUCUUGCGCUCCUAUUUUGGUGGCUUUUUCUCUUUUUGUGGUAUUUUCCUGUAGCAGUUUCAUGUCUUCAUUUGAGUGAUAUUUUCCCGCAUCUACUUUGUUUCAGCAAUCAAGACUAUUUAAGUGAUUUUCAUCCUUCUUUGUGGGGACAUUGUUGAUUGUCAUGUCAUGUUCCGAUGUACUUUGUGGAUGCUGUCUUUGCUCCACAGUAAGUCUUUGCUGUCGUCCAACAUUCUGUUUUUGUUUAUUUUGUAGCCAGUUCAGUUGUAGUUUCGUUCUGCAUAGUCUUCCCUAAGCUUCAAUACCUUUUCUUAGGGGCACUCACCUUUUCUUUAUUUUUGGUUUAAGCAUUAGACACAUUUUUACCUGCACACUGCCUCCCGCUGUUUCCGACAUCUACAAAGCAAUUAGCUACCGGCUGCCACCUACUGAUAUGGAAGAGCAUUACACGGUUACGCUGCCGAGCUCUGGACACCACCGACACACAACAAUGCCACAUAAUUUGCAGAUUAUAAUUACUGGUUGUCAAAAAAUAUUUUUAAUCCAAAUAGGUGAAAUUACAUAAUCUCCCAUGGCACACCAGACUGUAUCUCAUGGCCGCGGCACAGUGGUUGAAAAACACUGGAAUAGAGAAUCGAUUCUCGAAUUGUCACACCAGGAAUCGGAUGGAAUCGUUAGGUGCCAAAGAUUCACAUUACAGUCUUGGUAGCUGAUACUAUCAGCUUUUUAAUUAAGUACAUAAUUUAAAAGUACAUGGGCGACACCAAAAAGGGACAAGCGGUAGAAAACGGAUGGAUAGAUGGAUGGAUGGGUGCAGCUUAAAAAAAUAUAUAUUGUGGUAUCGGUAAAAUGUAUAGUUGUCGACUCCUGAAAUGGUGACGACACUGGUGAUCGCUUGACUAGGUGCGCCCCUGGCCUCGUAGCUGGAGGAGAGGAGAAGUCCGCAGGAAAAAGUGUCGUGACGCGCGCUUUUCUCCCGCGCCGGCAGACAGACGUGACAUGUAGUGACACGCAGACACGUGUAGACACUUGUCCACGGUCAUGUUGUCGUGAAGGGACUGCAGUGGAUUUGACUCGGCGUCAAGGGAGUUUGCGUAAAAAGCGCCAAAAAAAAAAAAAAGCCUCAAGUCUCCCGCCAGUUUUACGCGCGCUUUGACACCUGCAGGAGCGGGAAGUUGCGGUGAGGCAUGAGGUGUGUUUGGCAGGACUUGUAGACUCGGAGCUCCUCGCCGACCAGCAUGUCCCCCACAGGGCUGCCGUGCGUGCUUCUCCUCGCGGCUCUCCAAGCAAGCGCCCUCACCGUGGACUACGAGGAGGACUACGAGGACGUCACCGUCCAGCAGAUGCUGGCUCCCAGGUCGCAGCAGUCUGACGCCACGGAGAUACUUAAUAACCUGCUCAAGGAGUAUGACCGGAAGCUCAGACCCGACAUUGGAGUGAAGCCAACCAUCAUAGACGUGGACAUAUUUGUCAACAGCAUCGGACCCGUGUCCUCCAUAAACAUGGAGUACCAGAUCGACAUCAUCUUCGCGCAGACGUGGACGGACAGCCGCCUGCGCUACAACAGCACCGUGAAGAUAUUGACGCUCAACAGCAACAUGGUGGGCCUGAUCUGGCUGCCCGACACCAUCUUCAGAAACUCCAAGGACGCGGACGCCCACUGGAUCACCGUGCCCAACCAGCUGCUCAGGAUAUGGAACGACGGCAAGAUCCUCUACACUUUAAGACUGACCAUCAAUGCAGAGUGCCAGUUGCAGCUGCACAACUUCCCCAUGGACCAGCACUCAUGCCCACUCAUCUUCUCCAGCUAUGGAUACCCGAGAGAGGAGAUGGUGUACAAGUGGAGAAGGAACUCUGUGGAAGCGGCCGACCAAAAGUCUUGGCGACUUUAUCAGUUUGACUUCCUGGGCCUCAGAAACACGACUGACAUCAUCACCACCACAGCAGGUGACUACGUGGUGAUGACGGUGUACUUUGAGCUGAGUCGGCGUAUGGGCUACUUCACCAUCCAGACCUACAUCCCCUGCAUCCUGACUGUGGUUCUGUCCUGGGUCUCCUUCUGGAUCAAGAAGGACGCCACUCCUGCCAGGACUGCUUUAGGUAUAACUACAGUACUUACCAUGACCACGCUGAGCACGGUGGCGAGGACGUCGUUGCCCAGAGUUUCUUACGUCACCGCCAUGGAUCUUUUCGUCACCGUCUGCUUCCUGUUUGUGUUUGCGGCUCUGAUGGAGUACGCCACCUUGAACUAUUACUCCUACUGCACACGCAGGCUGCCUUGCCUGGACAGGAAGAGACACAACUAUUCGGUGUUGGACGCCAGACCGCCGCCCGCCGUCCUCGCCCUCAACAACUCCACGUACUGGCAGGACUUUGAGGACACGUGCGCCUACGAGUGUCUGGACGGCAAAGACUGCCAGAGCUUCUUCUGCUGCUACCAGGAGUGCAAAGGCGGCGCCUGGAGGCAAGGACGCGUCCACAUCGACUUGCUGGAGCUGGACGCUUACUCGCGGGUCUUCUUCCCCACGUCCUUCUUCCUCUUCAACGUGGUCUACUGGGUGGGAUACCUCUACCUCUAGCAGGAGGAGCCGGGAGAACAUCCUCAGUGCCUUCAGUCCUGGGGACGGCCAAAGGACGGAACUUGGGUCUUGGUUCUUCGCCGUCUUUCGAGGUUUGUUGUUCCACGCCACAAGAACACGUCUGAUCAUCCCGCUACUUAGCUAAUGUUUUGAGGAUGACUCGUUAAAACGCACAAAGUCGCAAACUUGGUGACAUUUCUUGACAUGACUACGAUCUUUACGAGGCUAACUGACUACGAUAAUCAGGGGAUUAUGUUCGGAAACGGUCCCUUGUUUAAGUACAAGGCUCAUUGGUAAAUUGUCAGUAUUACAACAGUACUAACAGUACAAUACUAUCAUUUUUUUAAAGCCAAUAUUCAAUUUAUUUACAAAUAAAAGUACUGACUAGCCUUUUGUUUGUCCAAAUAGUAGUCUGGUUAGCUUUAGCACAUCCAGCUGGCUCGCGAGCUAACGAUAGUAGCAGGCUACGAGCUAGCAAACAAAGUUAGAAAACUUUCAAAUCUUGUAGUCCUCAAAGUUCGAGACAAGUAAGUUAAAUAAUCGCUAGCUAUGUUGCUAACUAGCAGGCUAUUUUUUUUUUUUAGCAAGUAAAGCUAGCUAUGGCUUGUUUUACCGUUUAAAUUCACUUUUGUAGCUUAAGUUUGUAAGGAAAGUUGAUCUCAGGUUAGAAAUGUUUAGUUUUCAGUCAAAAUGAUCAUGAAAGAGAUUUUUCAUAAAAACUUUCCGCUUUUGUCCCCCAAAUUAGCUCGAGUAAAUCCUUUGUUAUUUAGCUAUUAAGCUAACGAAGAACUAAAAUGUGUUUUCUUUGCUUAUCACAUCCACACAUUGGUGGGGAUCACUCAUUUACUUUUCCAGCAGUUUCGAUAAGUCCGGACAUUUUUCAUUAUUUCGGACGAGAGGGUUUUAUUUAAUAUUUUGGCGAGCGUUGUUCGUGUUUGAGCACAUUUUUGGUAUUUCCAACGUGCUUUGUCAUUGGCAAACAUUAGAAAUGGAUUUCACGAUGGCGUUAAAAAGAACGUAAAUACAA